AUUUCGUUUUAUUUUGAACAGAAACGAAUUCAACACACUUAUUGCUCGGUUUGUAAAUAUCAAUUUUCUUUUGUUCCGUUCUUACCGACAUAAAGUGCCAUAAAGCGAGAAAGAACUAGAUCUACCCGCAAUCAAAACUACACAAUCCACAUACUGUAUACGAAUUAUUAACCAUCAUACGAAGCAUAAUUUUCAGUAUACAUUUAUGAAAAGCACACGAAGAGACGCGAAAUCGAGAAAUUUAUUUUUAUGUUGCUAAUCCAGUGUGUUAUAUUGUGUGUUCGAUUUGAAAUUUCAUAAUGUGAAAAGUCAAAAUUAAUAUUUCAUGUAAUUAUUAGGUCAACGAAGACAUUUAGUCGAAAAACCUAAUAUGAUGUGAACCUUGUAUACCAAAAAUUCGCGUGUGUGUAGUGUUUUAGUGAUGGGAUUUUCAUUUGCAAAAUCUUUAAUGUUGCAGUUCGUGGUGAAUGAUAAUACAUUCAGCUGAAAGUGAUUUUUUUUUUUCUUCAAAUCGGUGUAGUGUCCUCGAUUUCGUGUGCUCCAUACAAUUUCGCUGGUUUUGCUGGUCGAGUUGAAAUGUCAAUAAACAUAAAGACAAGCAUAUUAUUAGACGAAAAAAACUCAAUGAACAGCCUGGAUAUUUACAGUUUGUAAUAAAAUAACAAUAAAUUAGCGAUAUCGGAUUGAACUGUUAUUCUACGGAAAAAGUAGAACCGUUUAACAGCACACCAGAUCCACCAAAAAUCCGUUAACUGCAUUUAUCUCAUAAAUAAAUUUUGUCAAUAGAAUUAAAUAUUGACCCGAAAUCAAUCACCAAUUUAAUUAAAUGUGAUAUUAAUUACACCACUAAAUGUACAUUGUGUUGUAUAAGUAUUUAUAUGUGAUGCUGUGUGUUGUAGCGCAAGUGUAAAAUAAAAGUGAAAUUGGGACAAAUUUAUAAAUUGAACUGCCAACAACAUGUACAGCGAAAUACGAUUAGUGUUUUAACAAAAUAAAAACAAAAAAUUAUUAAAAACUCAGUCCAGUUUCGUUCCAAUCGAAUUUUAUUUGGAAAUCAUUUCACAAGCAUGGGGGCUACGAUGGGAAAGAAUGGUACGCUGCUAGACUCAUUACCAUCAACACAGGGAACAAUGCACAUCGUGAUGCUAGGUCUUGAUUCAGCUGGUAAAACGACGGCACUGUAUCGCCUUAAAUUCGAUCAAUACUUAAAUACAGUACCAACGAUAGGAUUCAAUUGUGAAAAGGUUCGUGGUCAAGUUGGCAGGGCGAAAGGAGCACAAUUCUUGGUAUGGGAUGUCGGUGGACAGGAGAAACUUCGACCGUUGUGGAGGAGUUACACAAGAUGUACAGAUGGAAUCGUCUUCGUACUCGAUUCAGUUGAUAUUGAACGAAUGGAAGAGGCUAAAAUGGAACUUAUGCGCACAGCUAAAUGUCCAGAUAAUCAGGGUGUACCGGUACUGAUAUUAGCUAACAAACAAGAUUUACCAGGUGCUCGUGAACCGAAACAAUUGGAAAAAUUGCUCGGACUGCACGAACUGUCACCGAUAAUAACGAUAAGCAGCUCUAGUUCUACGUCAACUAAUCCGACACAAACCUUUAAGGGAUGGUACAUUCAGCCGGCGUGUGCGAUCACCGGCGAAGGUCUGCACGAAGGUUUAGAAGCUCUCUACGAUAUGAUCGUUAAGAAGAGGAAAAUAAGUAAAGCAAACAAAAAGAAACGGUAAAACGAUUGCAUUUAAAGCGGCAAGUCAGUGAUUUAAAGGAGAAAAUUUAAAUUAAAUUUAAAGAAACAUUAGAAGAAACGAAAUUAUCGAUCAUUUUGUAUAAAAAAAGUAGAGAAAAAACAAAGAAAGUUCGAAAGACACACACACACAGAAUAAAAAUGUGGAAAAAUUUAUUUAAAAUAAGAAGAAAAAUGAUUAAAUUAAACUAAAAAUUGAAUUUGUUGUUAUAUACGUAAAUCUAUGAAUUACAGAUUAUUGUAGUUAAACGCUGUUUUCAUUUGUCAUAUUUUUAAACAAAACAAAAUUAUAUUGAAAAUGUGUUUUUGUUCUUUUGCAAUAAAAGAAAAUGUUUAAAGAGAAAAUGUGAAAUACAUAUUGCAUCCCAUUGGA